AUGCUACCGAGAUGGUGCAACUUACUUUCCUCCCAUCAAAUCUGUAAAAUGAUAGGCUUUAGUUUUGCCUCAAAAUCCGCUUCAUCUUCAUCAAGCUUAGCUCAACUUCGUAAAGCAACUGGCCACCCAUUCGGAUUUUGUCGAGAAGCCCUGUCAGUUUGUGAUGGUGAUUACAAUCGGGCCUUUGCGUGGCUCCAGAAUGAAGCCACUAAACGUGGAAUGGCUAAGGCAGAAAAGCUCAAGUCACGACCAAUGACACAGGGCCUUCUUGGAAUGAUCUCUUCUCCUCGAUGUGUCGCAGUUGUUGAAGUAAAUUGUGAAACCGACUUCGUUGCCAGAAAUCAGGAUUUUCAGUCUCUUGUUGCUUCUUCAGCUGAAUCACUGUUCGAACACUUAUUGGAAGCUAACCAACCCGGUACUCGCCAGUUCUCAGAAGAAGAUCUGAAAACCAUUCCGAACGUCGUUGGAUCUCAACGACAAACAAUCGGUGAGCUCUUAGCAAACGUCAUUGGAUCACUUGGGGAGAACAUGGCCAUUCCUCGAGGCAUAGGAAUGGCUCUCUCAGGUGAUAAAGCCAACGAACUCAGCCACCUCAUUGCUUAUUGUCAUAUGAGCAAUGCUGGGAUCAAGAAAGGCUUUCGUAAUGUCGUUUUCGGCAAAUAUAUCGCCGUACUUCGAUAUCGACACUUGAACAAUCAGAAAGGAAGUGCCGCUUGGCAGGAACAGGCUUCUCGAUUCACUCAACAGUUGUGCCAACACAUUGUCGGAAUGAAUCCGUGUAGAAACCUUUCUCUUGAAGCUAUUCCACAGGCGGAAAAUCCGGAUGAGGAAAAGUGCCUACUUCGGCAGCCGUUCCUUUUCGAUGAAUCAGUCGCUGUUGGAACUCUGUUGGAGCAAAAUGAAAUCCUCGUGGAAGAUUUUGUUCGUGUGGAGUGUGGCGUUGAAGAAAAGGAGUGA